CUGGGUGCAUCUUUGUCCUCCUCUUUGAAGAGCCGAGCAAGACCAUCACUCGAAAAACCAGAGAGAGACAAUCGCUCAUCCACAACGAUGUCUGUCGCUACCACCGUCUCCAGGCCCCUGCCGGCCCUCCCUGAGGGCUGGUCUGCCGAGAAGGACUUCAAGGCCAUCGGCUCCAUCACCGCCUCGUCCCAGCGCACCAUCGAGCCCGUCGGCCCGCACUUCCUCGCCCAUGCCCGCCGUGCCCGUCACAAGCGCACGUUCUCCGAGGACGACCGCAUCCAGGCGCAGGAGAGCGCCAAGAAGAUCGAGAAGGAUGACGAGAGCGACGAGUCCGAGGCUGAGGACCCCAUGCUCCUCCAGCUCCAGGCCAAGGACUGGAAGACACAAGACCACUACCAGGUCCUCGGCCUCUCCAAGUACCGCUGGAAGGCCACCGAGGAGCAGAUCAAGCGCGCCCACCGCAAGAAGGUGCUGAAGCACCACCCCGACAAGCGCGCCGCCGUCGGCGGCACCGAGGACGACCAGUUCUUCAAGUGCAUCCAAAAGGCUACCGAGGUGCUCCUCGACCCCACGCGCCGCCGGCAGUACGACUCUGUCGACGAGAAGGCCAACGUCGAGCCCCCGUCCAAGAAGGAGGCCGCCAAAAACUACAACAAGCUCUGGGGCCGCGUCUUCAAGUCCGAGUCGCGCUUCUCCAAGAUCCAGCCCGUCCCGCAGUUCGGCGACGACAACUCGACCAAGGAGGAGGUCGACAACUUCUACAACUUCUGGUACAACUUUGACUCGUGGCGCUCGUUCGAGUACCUUGACGAGGACGUCCCCGACGACAACGAGAACCGCAGCCAGAAGCGCCACAUGGAGCGCAAGAACACCAACGCCCGCAGCAAGCGCAAGGCCGAGGACAACGCCCGCCUGCGCAAGCUGCUCGACGACGCGUCCGCCGGCGACGAGCGCAUCAAGCGCUUCCGCCAGGAGGCCAACGCCGCCAAGAACAAGAAGAAGAACGAGCGCGAGGCCGCCGAGAAGGCCGCCAAGGAGGAGGCCCGGCUGAAGAAGGAGGCCGAGGAGAAGGCGGCCAAGGACGCAGAGGAGAAGGCCAAGGCGGACCGCGAGGCCGGCAAGAAGGCCAAGGAGGCCGCCAAGAACGCCGUCAAGAAGAACAAGCGUGUCCUGCGUGGCUCCGUCAAGGACGCAAACUACUUUGCCUCGGGCGACGCCUCGGCCACCCAGAUCGACGCCGUCCUCAACGACGUCGAGCUCAUCACGGGCAAGAUCGACCCCGACGAGGUCGCCGACCUUGCUGGCAAGCUCAACGGCCUCAAGGUCUCGGACGAGAUCAAGGCGGUCUGGAGCGGCGAGGCCAAGAGGCUCGUCGAGGCUGGCAAGCUCAAGGAUGGCGAGGUCAAGUCCUUUUAAAAGGUCUUGGCGGGUAUGAUGAUGACGCUGGUGACGACAAAAUCAUGUGUGAGCUUGGAGCUUUGGUUCUGGCGGCUCUAGACGAUAUAGAAAUGAUAGACAUUAGUCUUAUUAAGAAGGCUUGAACAUUCAUGAG